GUUUUUUAAACAUCUCGUCCUCUAUUGUUCGGCCGCUCUGGAAAGCCGCUCUGUGGAGAGGCGUCCGAUUUUCGAGGGAACUCUCCCAGUGUGAGCGCCGUAAAUAUCUCAACAGAUGCUUGGCUUGCUCGUAAUCAGCUCGGCUCCUCGGCGGUCAGCGCGGCAGCGGCGGCGGCGGCGGCAGCAGGGUAUUAAUUCUGGAUAUGAGGGCUCCCCGCAACAUUUGGUUCUUUUUUUCCAGAAAGGAAAGAUGGAAAAGGGGAGGGAUCGCCCGUGAGUCUGACUGACAGUUUACAUAAUGAGCUUGCGAGGAUGCGAGGCAACUAUAUAAACAGCUCGAAGGGAAGCAAGUUUUCCAUUUACUGAGCGCUGUUAGCACCGGUUAAAGGAGGAGCGGUUCCACGCUAAGCACUCCCCUCCGCGUCUCUCACCAAACCCACCCGGCUUUGGAGUUUAUAAAGGCGACGACAGCGAUCAGAGGUCGGCGGCUGGCUGCAGGAUUAAUUCCCAGAAGGGGACGGAUCGACACCUGGAUUUUACCUUCCGAUUUCUGCUGGUGCUCGGGGAAUAUUUGGAAGAGUAGGUUGCUGCAGGAGAAUCGCCGGGACGCCUCCCUUUUCUCCCUCAACCGAGAAGCGCUUCCUUGGACCAUUCGAGGAAUACAGGAGGAAAACUAAACCCACUGAGAACUGGCAGCUUGAAUAACACAAGGAUGACAGCCUUGCGCGUCUUUGGCUUGACGUUUCUGUUAAUGAUUUUGCAGCAGGUAAUCGCACGUCGCAAAAAAAAAAAAAAAAAAAAAAAAAAGGGUUCGCGAAAUGUAAAGUGGGUGAUGGAAGCAAGUUUGCAUGGCAAAGCCGGGGUAAGGUCUGAUUUGGCUAUUUUGUGUCUCCCCUUUGUGCAGAGGGUGUCCGGCUCUGGCGUCUUCCAGCUGGAGCUGCACGAAUUCGUGAAUAGCCACGGGUCUCUGGCCAGCGGGAAGCCCUGCUCCCCCCACUGCAGGACCUUCUUUCGCGUUUGUUUGAAGCAUUUUCAGGCAGUGGUCUCCCCGGGCUCCUGCACGUUCGGCAGCAUCAUCACCCCGGUUCUGGGAAUAAACUCCUUCAGCAUCAAGGAUACAGAGAGAUUUGACAGCCCCAUUAAGUUGCCCUUUAACUUCACGUGGCCGGUGAGAUUCCGCUUUAGACCCGAUUGCGAUGGUGGGGCAGGAGGGCGGCAAGGGAAGGCUAAUCGCAGCGCGCUGCUAAUCUGUAAUGUAAACAAACUACUUUCGCCUUUAGACUUAUUUCCAGAACUUCCUUUAAAGAAAAAAAAAGCCAUCUGUCUGUCUGGAUGUACUGAACAGAAUGGAUAUUGCAACAAGCCUGGAGAGUGCAUCUGUCGUCCCGGUUGGCAAGGCCGCUACUGUGAUGAAUGCAUUCCCCAUAUAGGCUGCCGCCACGGGACUUGUAAAACACAAUGGCAGUGCAUAUGUGAUGAAGGAUGGGGUGGCCUCUUCUGUGAUCAAGAUCUGAACUACUGCACUCACCACAGACCAUGCAAAAACGGGGCAACUUGCAUGAACACUGGCCAGGGCAGCUAUACGUGUUCCUGCAAACCUGGCUUUACCGGUGUUGACUGCGAACACGAGAUCAGCGAGUGUGACAGCAAUCCCUGUAGGAAUGGCGGUAGUUGCACGGACAUGGAGAAUGGUUAUCACUGCCUGUGCCCCCCUGGCUACUAUGGCACUCACUGUGAGCACAGCGCUUUGACCUGUGUAGAUUCUCCAUGCUUUAACGGUGGCACAUGCUUGGAAAAAGAACAAGGGGCCAGCUACACUUGCAUUUGCCCUUUCGGCUUCACAGGGUCCAACUGUGAAAAAAAAGUAGACAGGUGCACAAGCAACCCGUGUGCAAAUGAUGGUAAUUGCUUUUACCUUGGUCAGAUUCGUGUGUGUCGUUGUCGGGCUGGUUUCUCUGGUCAGAAAUGUGAGAUAAACAUCAACGAUUGUGCCAGAAACCCAUGUUCCAAUGGGGGAACUUGUCAUGAUCUGAUCAACGAUUACACCUGCACGUGCUUGCCAGGCUACAGUGGCAGGAACUGUGACAUCAAAACCAGAGAUGAAUGUGCUUCUGGGCCAUGUGAGAAUGGAGGCACGUGCUACAGCGGACUUUAUAGUGCCAACUUUGUCUGCUACUGUCCUUCUGGCUUCAUGGGCAACCGUUGCGAAUUGCCAGUUUAUUCAGUGCCCGUUACACUUCCUCCUAAACCAGUCCCCUGGAUUGCUAUAUCCAUGGGGGUGGGGCUGGUGGCUUUGCUCAUACUGUUCUGCAUGAUAGCAAUGGUCAUCAGGCAGAUGAGGAUGCACCCAGAGCAGGACUUGGAGACAAUGAACAACCUGUCUGACUUCCAGAAGGACAAUCUCAUUCCAGCUUCCCAGCUCAAAAACACCAAUAAAAAUAAAGACCUUGAAGUGGACUGCGGGCUGGAGAAAUCAAACUACAAACCCAAGAAUCAUAAACUGGACUACAAUCUGGUAAAAGACCUGACGAGUAGAGGGACACAGGAAGAUAAAUAUUACAAAAGUGAAAAGUGUUUAGGAGAAAAGUCUCCCCUCCGACUACACAGUGAAAAGCCGGAAUGUAGGAUAUCAGCGAUAUGCUCUCCGAGGGAUUCGAUGUACCAGUCCGUCUUUGUGAUAACAGAAGAAAGGAAUGAGUGCAUCAUAGCCACAGAGGUAUAAGACUGAAGAUCAGCCCAUUUGCACCUCAGAUUUGGUAAUGCCAGUAGAUGGACGUUCCUGCUGCAUUGUUUACAAUUCAGAACUGGAUUGGACUGUUUUUAAUUACAUGCAACUUGCUGCUCUCAGGCGGAGGAUGGAACUGGGUGAACUGGACAGACUGUGAAUUUACUGAAAGAUGCAAUACACCUUUUUGUUCUUACUGCCCUUGUUUGAAGUUUGAUACCAGAAUCUCAUUGGCUAUAGAAGAGGGGAGGCAGAAGGAAGAGAGAGGCGUUAAAAAUGUUGUUUCAAUUUGUUUUUAAAAGAUACUGAGGCCAGUUCCUCAUGGACAGACCCCUGGCUUUCCAGAACUCUGGUUAUGGGAGGUGCCGGUAGAUGAGGAGGCACUUAACUAUCACAGAUGUUGCCGCGGAAGGUGUGAAGAAAGACACAUUGCUAUGCAGAGAAUGGAUACAGUAUAAACGAGGUCUCCAUUUUUUUCUGGGUUUCAAAGUGCCUAAAAUGUGUCAAGAGAAUCUAACAAGCCCAAACAGAGACUCGACUGCUCUUUUCGCAGUUACCUGAACAGUAUUGGGCAGGGGUGGUUGAUACUUCCUGCUACACAUCUACGUGCGUCUCCUCUCUCCUGCUGCAUGUACUGGGGACUGCGUAAGGGGCGAGACGAGGAAGGGAAGAGGAAUGUCGAAUUUGCAUGUCAUCUCAUAUGGUGAUGCUUUGGAGAACUGAUUGACCCAAGCCACAAUAUGGGACAGGAUUUUUGUGGAUUUAAACAUUGGAGAAGGAAAAGUUGUGAUAAGGAAUGUGUGCUCCCUCUUCCCCAUUGAUAAGGAGGAGGCGUGAUCCCAGCUCUAUUUAAAGCCUUACAAAUGCGUUUAAAAUCAAUCAGCUCCUAGAACCUUUAUGUGCUGAGCCGUCUCAGCUGUUUUCAUGCCCUUUGCACUACCAGUGAUUGUGAAUAGACAUUACUUUUUUCUUCUCCUUCCUCAUUCUCUCCCCCCUGCCUUAUUUUGACACAAAUUUGGGGGUUUAUGUCAUGUUUCUGAAUUAGGUGCCACCUUCUACUGCAAAUAGUCUCAAAAUUGCAGCUGUUACUUUCUGAAGGAGAAGAAGCAGUGUGACCCCGCCCAUUUCUCCAUCUGGUUGUAAAACUCCAACUCCUGUCCUUCAUCCCGGUUCCAAAUGCCCAAUAGCGAAGCACCCACUGAGAUGCCCUCUGCCAAGACAGGUGGAGAUGAGAGUGAGAAGGUUCUAGGCUCGUCCUGUUUCUUUCAUGCCCUCCCACCUCUACAGGGAAAAGGGGAAGCCUGCCUCGGGAAAGCAGAGGCGUGCAGAAACUCUUUUCUUAGAUACGUAUUUACAGCAACAAUACUGGACGCCCCAGUGGAAAGUGCUGUGCCGCUAAUGAGAUGAGACCGUGGGGCGGGGCAGAACGAGGAGGGAGGAAACAAGACCUCUUCGAAGAAACCUGGACUGUGCUCUCUCUCGGACAGCGAUAUUCCUGCCCUUGUAAAUCCUGUUGUUGGACUAGCCCAUCUACUGCCUUGAACUGUGCAGACAAGACCCCUUCAUAAUGUCCACUACUGACCUUCUGCUCUGACCACAUAGGACCAUUUUGAAGAUGACCUUCAGAAAUCAAUAAUAUGGGGUUUAGUUUGUCUGUUUGUAGUUUAUUUUGAAGACUAGUACUUCAGUAAUUUAAAAAAAAUCAGAAGCACUGAACUUUCUACGUUUUAUAACAUUAUUUUGUAUAUAAUGUAUAUUUAUAAUCAAAACAGAAGUGUAAAUAUGUUUAUUACUUCUCAUGUAAUGUUUUUAAUGUGAUGACAAAGUUUGAAUUUUAUUUUUUUUUUCAAGCAAUGAAAAUACUUUCC